CACGGGUGCGCAAAAGUGAGGACAAAGUGUGCAGGAAAGACUAGUGUUGGUCUGUGGGGCCAGUCUAGAUCCCACCAGGCGUAACGGCCAGGAACCGGUGGUUGUGGCCGGGGCGCUACAGAGGGUUGUCGCCUCACGCAAGUUCCGGUUUGCUCUCUUCCUUCUCUAUCAUGCUGAUUACAGUGAUUAGUGUUGUGUUCUGUUGGCCUACUUAGUGACAUGUUCUUGUGCCGCCCAAUUUAUGCGCCGCUACACCAAACAUAUGGACAGAAGGGACUGCCACACACUCGCACUCUGCCUGCUGUAGAACUCUCUCGUCUCCUCUGGCAACGAACAAUUCUCAGCGUAGGCUCUUGCUCUGGUGGACUCGAUCCCACUUCGAAUCCAUCCAAGUCUGCUUUCCCUCUCCGGAUCCACUCCCCUCGAACCUAGCCACACUCUCCCCCCCUCCGAGAUCAACCUCCAACACUACAGUUCGGGGUGAUUUAGGGGCAAACAGAGCUUCGCUGCCCACCCUUGGCUGUAGCUUGGGGUUGAAAUCACAGGGCGUUUUCAUGGCGGAUUCGAGGAAAAGUAGCGAGAAAGCGAUGUUAGCAACCAAUACCAACUCCGAUUUGGUAAUGGGGGCGUCGGAUUUGAAGGAAAAGUUGGUCGAUGGUUCCGACAAGGAUUCAGGCGGACCAGAGGACAAUGUGACGGAUUUGCUGGGGCGUCUCAACCUCACCUCAGAGGAGGCCACGGCUGUAAUCCUCGAAGAUGAGAAUGAAGAGGAUUUGGUGAGCCUGGAUUGGGCGUUGAUAGGUAAGGUUCUGUCCCCAAAUAUCCUCCAUAUCCACACUAUCAUGUCUGCAUUGAGACCAGCAUGGGGGAACCCAAGGGGAUUGUCAGCAAAACCAGUGGGGGAUAAUACUUUUAUUGUGGAAUUUGCUAACAAGGAAGACUUGGAUAGAGUUGUGGGAGGGGCUCCUUGGACAGUAGGUAAACAUGCAGUUCUGUUCAAGAUCUUUGAUCCAAGACUGAAACCGUCUGAAGUUACUUUUGACAGAAUUUCUUUGUGGGCACGAAUCAAGGACCUUCGCUUUGAAUUAAUGAAUAGGACCUGGGGGGAAUCCCUGGGUGCUAAAAUUGGUACUGUAGAGAAGGUUGAUGUAGAUAGCCAGGGUAACUAUCUACGAAUUCGAGUUUCUGUGGAGAUCUCAAAGCCGCUAAUGAGAUGGGUCACCGUUUUUUCAAAGAAGAAGAAAGCUUAUGAGAGGUAUGAAGUGCAAUAUGAAAAAAUUCCACACUACUGCUUCUCCUGUGGCAUCAUUGGCCAUUCUUCACUAGAAUGUUCAACCCCGGGAGAGAGAGGUGAGGAUGGUAAACUUCCUUAUAAUGCCGACAGGCUGUGCGUGAAGGAUGACAAAAAAGAAAAAUAUUUUUACUUCAUGGUCAGGACAGAGUUCACAGUCUAGUGACAAAAGCUCUCACUGUAGAGAGAAGAACAGUGGUCCUCAAAGAUCUCCAAGAAGUAACUCAGAGGAGGACUCGGGUAUAAAAGAGAUGCAGGAUGGUGCUACUUCUCCGUUGAAAAUGAAGGAACUUGAUUAUAAGCAGAAAGACAAAGUAAGAUAUGGUGAGGCAAGCAAUGAGCCAUUUCUUUUACAGCCUAGCACGGAUAGAGUGAUUGGACAGAAGAGGAAACAAUUAAAAGUCUACAGGCCAAAGAGUCAAGUUGUGCCCUACAAUUGGAGGACUAAACAAUACUGCAGAAUGUCCACUUCCGAUUGCCUUACCAGACCGAGACGUAUGUAUCUCUGAAACUUAUAAGAAGCAGAAAAAGGAUUUUGACAAAUUACCAUCAGGAUCGGCGGAUCAGGCGGAGGUUGCCAUAGGGCAGCCCCGCCACACGCCAUGAGGUUCUUGUGUUGGAACUGUCGCGGCCUAGGGACGGACGCGACAGUUGGCGAGCUGAAAUGGCUCGUUAAUAAAUAUCGUCCCUCCCUCCUCUUUCUAUCCGAGACGAAGAUGAGGGACUCAAGAGCUCGGAGCCUAAUGUGGACGUUGGGUUUUUCGGGAGCUUUUGCAGUUAGCAGUGAUGGAUUGAGUGGGGGUUUGGCCCUUUAUUGGUCUGCCUCUAUCUCAGUGUCUCUAAAAGCUUACUCCAUGCAACUGAUGGAUAUUAGAGUCAAAACAGAAAAUGGAGUUGAAUGGCGUACAACAUUGGUAUAUGGAGAACCAAAGAAAGAAUUGAGGCACAUAUUCUGCGAUAGACUCAGAUUCUUGAAGUCCCAACGGAAUGGACCGUGGAUAUGUGCUGGUGAUUUUAAUGAAGCUUUACAUGGGAAUGAGCACAUGGGCUUUAGAGACAGAGAUGAGAAUCAAAUGGCUCUGUUUAGAGAUUGCCUAGAUGUAUGUGGACUUUUGGACCUUGGGUAUAUUGGCCCUAAAUUUACAUGGUCUAACCGACAACAUGGUGGGAUGAAUAUAAGAGUUAGACUAGAUCGAGCUUUGGCAAACGGUGAGUUUCUCAAAAGAUUUGAUAAUUGCUCCGUUGAAAACAUUAUCACUUCAUCCUCAGAUCACUAUGCAAUAUUGAUAACAAUAGCAAAAAGUGGUGACCAGAUUGCUUCCAUUCCAGUGAAUCAUUCUUUCAGAUUUGAAGCUGCAUGGAUGAAGGCUCCGGAUUAUAAUCAAAUGAUAGAGGAAAACUGGAAAUUUCUGAAAGAUGGUGCUCCUUUUUCCCUAAACAACACAUGGUCUGCACUUAAUAAAUUAUCUAAAUCUAUCCAUACCUGGAGCAGGACAUCAUUUGUGUUAAGCCUCAUGCACUAGCCAACACAACCAAAAGUCCGAACUGAUGGAAAGGGCUAGUACAAUCCACAUAUACUGUAACACCCCCUCUCACGUGUGACGGGGAAGACAAGUCAACACGUGCAACCGGAAGAGAGCGACGGCGCGCGAAACUCACGUAUGACUCAAGAGGCCUCUACGUGGACACAAAGGGGGGCUAUCAGCAAUUUUUAAAUAAAUUGCUCAAACCAGGACUUGAACUCAAGACCUUAGCUCCGAUACCAUGUUAAGCCUCAUGCACUAGCCAACACAACCAAAAGUCCGAACUGAUGGAAAGGGCUAGUACAAUCCACAUAUACUGUAACAAUUUGGACAAAUAAAAAAAGAGAUAAGAAGACUCGAGAAACGCCUUGCUGAGAUAAGAAGGAACAAUUUGGUGACUGGUAGUUCUGGCGAAGAGAAGCAGAUUGAAAAACGGUUAUGUGAACUAUUUGAGAGAGAAUAAAUUAUGGCACGUCAACGCUCAAGGAUUGAUUGGCUGCGAGAGGGGGACCGCAACACCUCCUUUUUCCAUGCCGAGCUUCAGCUAGGAGAAGAACAAAUUUAAUUAAUCUCUUGAAGAGAGCUGACGGAACAAGAUGCGAAGAUCGUGAAGGAAUCAAGAGUAUGGUAUAUGAGUUUUAUGCUAACUUAUUCACCUCUGAACCUUGUACCUCAUUAGAUGCAGUGCUGGAAGCAAUUCCUUCUAAGGUGAAUGAAGAAAUCAAUGAAGCGCUUUGUCGAGAAUAUACAAAUGACGAAAUCAAGACUGCACUAUUCCAGAUGGGCCCCACCAAGGCCCCUGGACCCGACGGAUUUCCUGCUCUAUUUUACCAAAAACAUUGGGAGCUGCUAGAAGAGGAUAUUUGUGCAGCAGUGAAGGGUUUUCUAUUGGGAUCCGAAAUUCCAGAAGGCUUCAAUGAUCCGCAAAAGGAAGCUUCCGGAGAAUUGAAGGGGAUUCGUAAUGGCAGAAAUGGCCCUCCUAUCUCCCAUCUCCUUUUUGCCGACACCAGCGUGUUCUUUACUAAAGGAGAUGAUAGGAGUAUUGAUACUCUUAAAUCAGCUAUUCAAACUUAUUGCGAUGGGUCUGGACAGAAGAUUAAUACUCGAAAAUCAUCUAUAUUCUUUGGCACCAAUUGUAAUGAGCAAAUAAAGGAAAGGGUAAAGCAGAAGAUGGGAAUCCAAGAUGAUACACUACAAGCUACUUAUCUUGGUAUGCCGACCUGGGUGGGACGUUCACCAACGAACAGCUUUAGCUUUCUCACUGGUCGACUCUGGAAAAAACUCAACGGUUGGAGUGAUAGACCUCUGUCAAGGGCUGGGAAGGAAAUUCUAUUAAAAUCAGUCGCACAGGCAAUGCCAACUUAUGUAAUGAGUUGCUUUCAACUUCCCAUUGGUGUCUGUGAAAAGAUGAAAAGGCCUAUUUCAAAUUUCUGGUGGGGUGUAGAAGAUGGGAGAAGGAAAGUGCAUUGGAGAUCUUGGAAGUGGUUAUCCUCGCCAAAAUAUUUAGGUGGCAUGGGCUUUAGAGACUUAGCAAUUUUCAAUCUGGCUUUGUUGGGAAAACAAUGUUGGCGCCUAUUAACAAAUGCUAAUUCAUUGUGUGCCAAGGUUUUAAAAGGAAUGUACUAUCCAGAAGGGAUUUUUGGACAGCUAAAUGCCCGAGGUCAUCUUCAUAUACUUGGCGUAGUCUGAUGUAUGGGAGAAAAGUGCUGCAGGAUGGCCUACUAUGGAGAGUGGGAGAUGGCAACAAAAUACAUACAUACGAAGAUAAUUGGAUCCCUGGCAUUACCUCUGGAACUCUACAACAUAUUUCCCUUAGAAGUGGUAAUGAUAUGGUGAGUUCCUUCAUAAUAGAAGGGGAACAAAAGUGGAAGGAAGAAACUGUUAGAAACAUUUUCCCGGAGGACAUAGCAGAGAAAAUUCUUAGCAAUACCACUGAGUAUAGAAGGAUGCACAGAUUUUGCUUCAUGGCCCCACACAAAAGAUGGUGUUUACACAGUGAGGUCAGCAUAUAAUUUUGUGAGAACACUAAAUUUCUGGGGGGGACAGAAGUGCAAAUGGCAAGGGGGCUAUUUCCGACCAAAAGAUCAUGGAGAAAAAUUGGAGGAAACUGUGGCAAAUUCAAUGCCCAAAUAAAAUGAAAGUAAUUCUGUGGAGAUUGGCUCAUAAUUGUCUCCCAACAGGUGCUCAACUUAAAGUGAGAUCGAUCCCCACAAGGUAUGAUUGUCAUUUCUGUAGUAGGGAGGAAACCGUUGAGCAUUGUUUUUUGCACUGCCAUUAUGUUAGAGAAAUCUGGAAAGAACUCAAGAAAGAAUAUGGUAUUUGCCUGAAACUGAAAAGUUUAAAUCACAUUAGGCAAUGGCUUUUAGAGUGGAUACAAAACGCUACAGAGUUUCACUCUAUGAUUAUGGCAGUGGCAAUAUGGCACAUAUGGGAGAAUAGAAAUGCUUAUCGUAAUGGGGAGGCUUUAAAUCAUCCUCGUCGUGUGGUGGGAAAGAUCAAAGCUUAUGUUGAAUUUAUUAAUAUGCAUUCUUUCAGCUCGACCACUUCCAUUAGACGUGAGACCUUGGAGUCGAACAAAAGAUGGUCUCCGCUGCCGGAGGGGUCAAUGCUCGUCAGUGUGGAUGCAGCGAUCUUCUCCCAAUCAGCAAGAGCGGGCUUUGGUGUGGUGAUACGUGAUCACCGGGGAAGGGUGCAGGUGGCGAACAGAGGCUACUUUGAAAGAGUUCAAAUUCCUGAAGUAGCGGAAGCCAUGGCACUUCAUCAAGCCUUAAUCCUUGCCAAUAGCACUGGUAUGAGGAAGAUCAUGGUAGCAUCUGACUGUCUAUCAUUGAUAAACAAGAUCAAGGGUUCAGGUUUUGAUAGGUCCCCUACUGGAGCCAUAGUCCAUGAUAUUAGGAAAUGCCACAAAGUUCGUAUCUUGUAGUUUUAUUCAUGUCAAUCGUUGUUGUAAUGAGGCAGCACAUGUUCUGGCCAAAUCGGCAGAGCAUGAUGCUUGGUCCUGCUGGCUUAAUGAGAUCCCUGAUGUAAUCAGGACCAUUAUUUGUAAUGAAUCAGUUAUGAAUGAAUAGAAGGGUGCAGCUGCCCAUUACCUCAAAAAAAAAUUAUGCACCGCUUGUGUGAGGUUUCCUAU